AUGUCCCGCCCCUACUCCCCAACCGAGUCCUCCUCCACCAGCUCCGGUUCCUCGACCAUCAAGAGCUCAAAUACUCCCGCCAGCACGAGCGCUAUCACGACCACAACCACCACAAGCAGUGGUGGCAGCAAUAGAGACACUACAACUACGACUCCGCCUUGCACUUGCAAAGGGCGUCACUAUUAUUGGUCGACCAUCUGUAAGAACACGUUCAGUGCACAAACGCUGGAAGAUUGGGAGAAGAAGAUCAGUUGGAGAACUGAGCCCUGGUGGAGGGAGUUGAAGGGUUUGGGUCCGCUGGUGCCCUCGAGAGAUAAAGAUGCAGAGGACGCAAUCUAG